UUCUAACCUCCGUGAGUUAUUUUUCUUCUAGUCUAUUAAGGAUCAUAGUUUAUAGUCAGAGUGAAACUUUAUAUUGCAGGUAGACGUGUCACAUCCGACACUUUUCCUGGCUUUACAAAAUGGCAGCAAGAUGAAUCCUGCUUUCUAGCUAGUGGAGAAACCAAUGCUGAGUGAAUCCAGGAGAAACCAAUGCCUACAUCCAGGAAGUUGCAGGAGCCAGGAAUUCAUAACCCUUGGUGUCAACAGUCACCCAAACCUUGGUUGAUGGGGAGUGGAGAAACACUUUCUGAGCUGUCCCCGGGCCCGGUUCUGGGGCGAAAAUGCCGGCCCUUCACAUCGAAGAUUUGCCAGAAAAGGAAAAGCUGAAGUUGGAAGUUGAGCAACUUCGCAAAGAAGUGAAGUUGCAGAGGCAACAGGUGUCUAAAUGUUCUGAAGAAAUAAAGAACUACAUUGAAGAACGUUCUGGAGAGGAUCCUCUGGUGAAAGGAAUUCCAGAAGACAAGAAUCCUUUUAAAGAGAAAGGCAGCUGUAUUAUUUCAUAAAUAACUCUGGAGAGAAAUUUCAUCAUCAGUAGAAGAACUAGUUUGUUUUGGUUUUCUGAAAUAAAACCGAAAUUCCUUUCAAAGAAGGAAAACAAAAUUUAAGGACUUUCUUAAACACUUAUAUUGAUAUGGUUAUGUAUAAAAGCUGUGUGCUUCUCAUCUUUGCUCACUAUACCCCCUUGUUAAGAGGCCAGAGAGUAUCAAAUGUACAAUUACGGAAAUAAGGACAUUACUUGUGCAUGACUCACUUCUUUCAGUAUAUUGCUUGAUGCCUUAAAUAAAGUUUUAUCUCUGGAAAA